AUGUGGCUGCGCGUACCAAACACAACGCUUACAGCAUUCUUCAAACUUUGUCGACAGGACAAAUUUGAUAGGACUCUACUGUACCCAGACGUACCUUCAUACUACGUGUGGACAAAAAAGAACACCUGGGCUCGGCGGAAGUGCGGGGCCAACGUCGAGGGCUAUCCAGGCGUCAAAAAAGACGCCACACUUGGAAGGGUAUUCACGGUUCCCCCAUCGCGACAGGAAUGUUUUUACUUGCGACUCCUUUUGCACGAAGUUAGUAGUUCAACGAGCUACAAUAACUUACGGACGGUUAAUGGAGUUUUAUGUGACACUUUUCGUGAGGCCUGCCUCCGUCUCGGCCUUUUUGAAGACGACAGCCAGUGGGAUGCCACAAUGGCUGAGGGAGCUCUUUUAAAAAUGCCCUCUGCUUUGCACCACCUCUUCACCACAAUCUUACAAAUGUGCGAACCCAGUGAUCCCAAAUCACUUUGGGACAAAUACAAGGACUUUUUGUCCGAAGACAUACUCAGGGAAGCGCAACUGCUGUGUCCAACAAUGGUUCUUAUAUUCAACGAUGAAAUUUACAACAGGGCGCUUAUAAUCAUUGAGAACCUGUUUGUUGAAGUGGGGGGGAUCUCGCCGCUAUUGGGCUUCCAACACCAGAUCGUAUGGCUUCCUCCAGUCUCUCACCUGAGAUUGUGCGGGAGACAUCCUACUCUGUUGAGGUGCUCAACGCCUAUGUCACAACAAAUGAGCCAAAACUUCUCAUAG